GUUAGUCGUUCAGCGCUGGUCAUGUAUCUGUUGUUAGUUAGUGUUGUGUUGUUAUUGUGGUAUUUGUUGUUUCGAUAUAAAAGACGAAGGCUUUAUCAAUUAGCUGAACCAAUACCCGGGGCUAAAGAUAUAUUUCCAUAUUUGGGGCUUCUUAAGUAUUCAUACAAUGCGCUUGAUAGGUUAACGAAUCCAGCAGACACUGAAUAUGUUUCGAAAAAUUGCUUGGAGAAAGAUCUAUUAAUUAUGAAGAGUGUAAGAGCAAUGGGUGAUGGUGGAGUUUUCGCCCCUGUUUCAAUAUGGUCUAGAAGAAGAAAGGUGACUAUUUCUGCGUUUAGCCCCAAAAUACUCAAUAGUUUUAUGGAUAUAUUUUCUCGAAGAUGUGCGGAUCUUGUUGAUAAACUUAAGGACUUGAGUGGCACCGGUACAUUCGAUAUUUGGCCUAUUAUCAACAAUUUCACAUUAGCGUCAAUAGCUGAAACAUCAUUGGGUAUAAGGAAUCUAGAUGGAAUGAACGAUGUAGCUGUAUCAGACUUUCUUAAAUCCGUUGAAGUGGUUUUUAAACUGGUUACAAACAGAACAUUUUCCGUAUGGCUGUGGCCAGAUUGGAUCUACAAAUUAUCCUGGCAAUAUAGACAUUUCACAAAACAUAAUGACAAAAUUAAAAAUCUUACAAACAAUAUUAUACGAAAAAAACGCAAUGAUUUAAAACAUGUUGAUUUAGAUGCUUACGAAAAUCAAACAGUUUUUGGGCAAGACGAUAAAGUGGAUUCAUUCCUAGAUCAUCUUAUACUAUUAUCUCAGCGACAGAAUGGUUUCACAGACACAGAACUGCUUGAAGAAAUUACAACGUUUUUACUAGCUGCUACAGAUACAUCCGCGGUUGCAAUUUGUAACACGCUUUUAUUGUUAGGAAAAUAUCCAAAAAUUCAGGAAAAAGUUCAUGAAGAAUUAGUACGUGUGUUUGAGAACGCCAAUGAAAAAUUAUUUAAAGAUGUUUUAAGUGAUUUGAAAUAUCUGGAUAUGGUUUUGAAAGAGUCUCUUCGUCUUUAUCCACCUGUGCCGAUGAUUAUUCGGAAGGUAACUGAAGAAAUUAAAUUACCAUCAUCUGGCUUUACUAUUCCUGUUCAAACUGCUAUAAUUAUUUUAAUUUGGGGAGCUCAUCGUGACCCCAAUUACUGGGGACCUGAUGCUGAUUGCUUCAAACCGGAGAGAUUUGAAGCUGGAGGUAAAACUGGGCUCUUCAUUCCAUUUAGUACAGGACCAAGAAACUGCAUUGGUUACCAAUAUGCAAUGUUAACAGCGAAAAGUGUUAUUGCUGCAAUUCUACGUCAAUUUAAAGUUGUCACUGAAGAAGAAGAUGGUCCAAUUCCUAAAAUUGAAUGUAAAUUUUCUCUGAUGUUAAAAGCUAAGCAUGGUUAUCCUAUCAGAUUAGAACUAAGAUAAUGCACUGUUUGAAAAUUAUUCUAUAAAUAUUAAAUUUUAUAUUGAAUAAGUGUAAGUACAGUAAGCAUUAAAUCAAUCUUUAAAUGGUUUUGUUUAAGCCAUAUUAUUUGAUUUUAUUAUUGUAAAGAUUUUAAUAAAUGUAUUUUUCCUAA